AAAUGGGCCGAGCGUGGGAGGGAGGAGGGAAGGAGGAGCUGAGAGGGCUCCCCAGGUAGGGCGGCGGGGGAAGGCGGGGCUCUUCACGGAGCAGAGCCGCAGCCAGCGGCGCUGCGCACCGGGAGGGCGCAGACGGAGCGCACUGCUCGGAGUCGGCGAGCAAAGCUGAAUUUGAAGCCACCACCAUGGGCGCCUGUCUGGGGGUUUGUUCCCUGCUCAGCUGUGCAUCCUGUCUCUGUGGCUCAGCCCCCUGCAUCUUGUGUGGCUGCUGCCCCUCCAGCCGCAAUUCCACCAUCAGCCGCCUUGCCUUCACCUUCCUCCUGUUCCUCGGAGUCCUGGUGGCCAUCAUUAUGCUCAGCCCUGGCGUGGAGAGCCAACUAUACAAGCUGCCCUGGGUGUGUGAGGGGGCCCCCUCCACCUUGGGGGUCCAAGGCCACGUGGACUGUGGCUCCCUGCUGGGGCAUCGAGCUGUCUACCGUAUGUGCUUCGCCCUGGCCGCUUUCUUCUUCUUCUUCACCCUGCUGAUGAUCUGUGUGAAGAGUAGCAAGGACCCCCGAGCUGCCAUCCAGAAUGGGUUUUGGUUUUUUAAGUUCCUACUUCUUCUGGGCAUCACCGUGGGUGCCUUCUAUAUCCCAGAUGGCUCCUUCACCAAUGUCUGGUUCUACUUUGGUGUGGUCGGCUCGUUUCUCUUCAUCCUCAUCCAGCUCAUUCUGCUGAUUGACUUUGCACACUCUUGGAACCAGCGCUGGCUGUGGAAGGCUGAAGAGUACGACUCACGGUGCUGGUAUGCAGGCCUCUUCUUCUUCACCUUCCUCUUCUAUGGAAUCUCCAUUGCUGCCAUAGCCCUCAUGUACAACUACUAUACCCACUCAGAAGGUUGUGUGGAGGGCAAAGUCUUCAUCAGCCUUAACCUGAUCUUCUGUAUCUGUGUCUCCAUUGUGGCUGUUCUACCCAAGAUCCAGGAACUCCAGCCAAACUCAGGUCUGCUCCAGGCCUCUGUCAUCACUGCCUACACCAUGUUUAUCACCUGGUUAGCACUGAGCAACAUCCCCGAUGAGAAAUGCAACCCUAACCUCCCAAUCACCAACUCAACUAGCUUGGAACCUCCUGAGAUCUACACUACACAGUGGUGGGAUGCACCCAGCAUCGUUGGCCUCAUCAUCUUCUUCCUCUGUACCAUCUUCAUCAGCAUCCGCUCUUCUGAUAACAAGCAUGUGAACAGCCUGAUGCAGACAGAGGAGAGUCCAGUGAUGCUGGAGGGUCAGCAGGAGCAGAGGGUCGAGGGCCGAGCCUAUGACAAUGAGCAAGAUGGGGUCUCCUACAGCUACUCCUUCUUCCACUUCUGCCUCUUCCUAGCCUCCCUCUACAUCAUGAUGACACUCACCAAUUGGUACAGGCCAAAUGAUAUCACCAGGAAGAUGGUCAGCACCUGGACUGCAGUCUGGGUGAAGAUCUGUGCCAGCUGGGCAGGGCUGUUCCUCUACCUUUGGACCCUGGUUGCCCCACUCCUUUUGCCCAACCGAGACUUCAGCUGAGAACAGUCCAGUUACCCAGCACUACUACUCCCUGACCAAAGAUGCCUUGUUGCCAAGGGACAGAUGACAUCGGUCUCUAUUCUAGUCUGGCUCCCACCAUCUUUUCCUUCCCCUUACCUCCUUUUGACCUUUUGUAAUGGAGCUAUCCAUCCUCUCCUCCCCACUCUUCCCUAAAUCUAGUGUGGAAAGAGGGUGGGAGAAGAAGUAUCCUCCAAGCUCAAGGCCAUUGGACUGGAUGAUUUCUAGGUACCCUUUCAGCUCUAACCCUCUGAAUGAGUAUAAGCAUCCAUAUCUUUGGUUGAGGUUGGAACUCAUGGCUCCUUUCUUCUUGGUGCCUUUGGGGCUUGGAUGGGACUUGGAGGAGUCAGGAUGUGGGUUAUGGGGUCAUGACACUACCUGGAGCCUCAGAACUCUGUUCCUUUUGUCACCUCCUGCCCUCUCCUUCUCUCUUUUCUACCUCUAACUUCCCCCUUUAUCCCUUGAUUUUAUAACUUUUAACUCUAAUAUAGGUGUCCUACCUCAAUGUGGGGACAAGACAGGACAAGUUUGAGUCUCACAGAAGAAUAUGGGACAGCUGAGCACAGAGAGGUUCAGGGAGGCCACAGUGCUGGGAGGAAAUAUUCCCAACACUGUGACCAGUCUGACUCCUUUGUUCUUCAUCCUACGUUCCUCCUUUCCUCUUCUCCUUUCCUGGGCUCGAUGAAUUUUAGAAACCCUUCUGUUUUUUAAUUUUUAAAUUAAUUUAAAGAAUAAUAAACAUCCAGUGGGUGUGCCUUACCACGCUCUUUGCCUUUGUCCAUCUCCUUGGACUCCUGGCUUGUGCCUUUUGUGCCCAAUGGGGCCAUGUCUAGCUGGGUCCUCAGCUCUCUGCUGCCUCACUACCCAUCCAGCUUCAGGGAACUGGAGGUGCCCCAUGUACAGUCCUGCCAAGCUCUCCCCCUAAUAAAGGGGAGAUAGUGGCCCUUGGCUUCCUGAAGACCGCUACAGCCGAGCUGAGAAUUAGCCCUGAUCAUCAAGCCUUCCAUGUCAGUAUCGGUACUUGGGCCACCUGUGUGGAAGCUUAAGAUGGUAGCCUCAGAAAGGGGAAUACUUCCCUUGACCAUCUCUGGUCUUCUAAGAUGUGAAGCAGAAGGGCCCAACCAAACCCAACUUCCCGUUCCUAUUUCUGGAUUAGAUACUCCAUUCCUCUCAGGAGAGAUGCCUGAAUAGGAAAACAGUUAAAUACCUUAUAUACGUGGUCAAGUGCUACUAGAGGGAUGAAGAAAGGAACCUCUACCCCUGAGGAACCCUGUAUGUGAUGGGGAAAGUAGGACCCUUUUGAAACAAUCUGUAAUGAGGAUUCUUAGUUUCUCUGCUAACUAUUGUGGGUCAUCUCCACUUGGAAUCUCAGUUUCAUCCUUUGUAAGAUGGACCUGAGCCAUCAUCUACUCUUCUGUGCCCAGAAAUGUAAUAACUAGUUCUAUUCAAUUCCAUUGUUACCAUAGCCUUGAAAAAAUCAUCGGCAACUUGCAAAUCACUUCUCCUUGGCCUCAGUUUACUCUCCUAUAAAAUGGGAAUAAUAAAUCUACAGUACUGCUAGGAUCUUCAAGUGUGAUAUAAUGCAUGUGCCGGCCCUCUGUCAACUAAAGCACUAUAUAAACAAGAAUUAUUUUUAGCAUAAUGACCUAGGGCACCCAUCUUACUUAGGGCCUGUACAAGACAUUAGGACCAAAAUGAUGUCCAAUACUCAAUAUCAGCCCUUAAAAAUUUUACAAUCCAGUUGAGACAAAGCUUACCAUAUAUUAUUAUGUGUUCAGUUAAAUGCUCGGAGCAGGUCUCAGUGCUGGGUGCUUGGUGAUAUAAAGACAAAAAGGAUCCCUUGCCCUCAAGGAGUUUAUGUUCCUCUAGAGGGAAACAAUAGGUAUACAGAUAAGUAAAUACAAAGUAAUUUCAUUGGGGAGGGUCAGGUUCUGACCACUGGGGAGAGGGUGAUGGAUCAGAAAAGUCCUUGCAGAAGAAGGGGCCACUUAGUUGUGCCUGUGAGCAUUCCAUGAGGGAAACUGACUGAGUGAUGACUUGGGUGGUUGGGCAGAUGAGACGGGGCAGGGGUCUUGUAUUAGAAAGCAAACUGGGUUUAGAGUCUGUAAAUGGGUUUAAAUCUAGGUUCUGCUACGUACUCCCUAUGGAAUCAUACUUUAAUAUCUCCUUAGACCUUGGACUUCUUGACCUUUCCUUUACAUCUGACAUUGUUGGUCUUCUCUCUUCCAGGACACUCUUCUGCCUGGAUUUUCUGAAUGCUGCUUUUCUUGCUUCUGACUCUAUAUCUAUAUAAGUUCUUUCAACACUAAGCCUCAAUUCCUCACCUGUAAAAUAAGGAAGUUUGGAUAGGGGCCAUAAUAAGCAUUUAACUUUUUUUUAAUUCAUUCAUAGAUCCAUUUGAGCUCUUAACAUUAUGACCCUAUGAAUCAUCUACCCAAUGGCUCAGUCUCUUUUUCGCCGUAUCUUCAUCAAUAUCUUGCCCCCUUGAGUCAGUCUUGGGCCCCUUUGUCCACUCUCUCCAUGAUUUUAUCAGUUCCUGUGAAUUCAACUAUCAUUUCAAUGUCGUUGAUUCCCAGAUAUAUAUAUAUAUAUAUAUAUAUAUAUAUCCAGCCCUUGUCUUCAAAGCUCUGGACCCAGAAGAGGUCUUGUAGACCAUCUGUUCCAAAUAGUAUUAUUGACCUUUCCCCUAAAAUCCUGCCCUUUUCCUCAUUUUCUAUCUGUUGAGGUUACCACUAUCCCAUCUCAACUGAAAAAUUGCCCUUGAAUCUUCCCUCCAUUAUAAAUUUAUCUGGAGGCUUAUUACUAGAUUUAUAAUCACUUAUUAGUAAAGAGAAUAGAUUUCAGCCUUCCUAACUUUAGGUAAAAAUCUGAUCCUUCACUGCAGCCAACACUGAGCGGAUGCUUGUCAGGGAUCUCCCAAUAAGAUAAGAGGGAUCAGAGAGCCAGCCCAGAGAGUUAGUCCAGAGAGAGAGAGCUCUUUAGCUCUCCUGGCUGGCUUUUCAAAACGUCUGCUUCUUCCAGUCCCCUAUCAUAGACCAAUGGCUCUCAACGACAUGUGAUGUCGUUACACCUGAGCCAGGACACUGGCACUGAUGCUGGGGGAUGCCCACUGGGAUAUUGAGGGACGUGCCACUGGGAUGCACAGGAUCCAAGCUGGGUGGGCUGUCCCCUUGAUAUUUUACUUUCACACAUUUCUCCCCUAUCCCACAUAUACAAAUAUUUACCAGUUCUUGGCCAUCACCUUCAAGCUUUCCCUUCCUUUCCACUCAGAGCUACCACCUUAGUUCAAGCCCUUAUCAAUUCUCCCCAGGGCUAUUGACCUAGCUUCCUAAUUGGCUUUUUUUUCUAGAAUUUCCAUCCUCUUUUCAUCUGCCAAAUUGAUAUCCUUAAAGCACUAGUUUUUAUUCUUCUGCUCAAGAAAGUACAAUGGCUCCCAGUUUCUCCCUAAGCCAGAACACAAACUUCUCCAUCUUGUAAAGCCCUGAAGAAUCAGGCUCCAGGGAAAUUUUCUAGGUUCAUUACAGGUUACUACUCUUCACACAUACUCAGCUCCAGCCAGACUGGUCUAUUAACUGUUCCCUAUACAUAAAAGUUAUAUUUACCAUCUUCGUGCCUUUGUAAGGCUGUCCUUCAUAGCUGGAAUAGACUCCCUCACCUCCACCUGGUAGGAUCCCAUAUGUCCUUCAAGGCUCAUCUCAAAUACCACCUCCUUCAUGAAGGAGACUUGCCUUCAUCCUGCCAAUUGCAUUAGUGCCUCACCAAUAACUUUUAUUUACUAAGUAUUUUUGUAUUUAUAUAUCUUAAUGUUUCCUCCAUAAGACUGUAAGCUCAUUGAGGGCAGGUACUGGUGGUUUUGUGUUUUUGUUUUUUAAAUUAACCUCAGCUUAUCACAGUGCCUGGUAUUUAGAAAACACCUAAUAAAUACUUGUUGGAUAAAUAAAUGCAAGUCUUUUAAUCUC